UUAUAGUUUGACUGGAUAGCCCCUCUAAUUAACCAAAUUAGGUUCGUUUCCUUGCGUAUAAAAAGACAAGAAAGUAAUAUAUCGAGAUGGAUAAAUAGCCUAAAACAAAUUGAAACAUAAAACAGUCUGACAUUGACGAACAACGGGAAACGAAACCGGAUGUAAACAAACCCGGAAGUAAGCCGGAGAUAGUGCUCUUGCUUCUCUUCUCUCUUCUCUGUGGCUGUUGUACUGAAAGGAAUCCCCUCUUUUUUUUUCUCCUGAGUUGCUGUAUGCUCUGGCUAAAAUGGGUCAUGGGGAUGAACUGGUUCUUGCUGAUGCAAACUUUCCAACAUCCUCCAUUUGUGCUUGUGGUCCAAAAGAAAUAAGAGCUGAUGGUUUGGGAAUCCCACAGCUUUUGAAGGCUAUUUUGAAGCUCUUGUCCCUUGAUACCUAUGUCCCCUCUCCGGCUGCAGUCAUGGAUCUGUUAAAAGAGAGAUGCUUCGAAGUCCAUGUGUGGUACACCUACUCAGAUCUCCUGAAUCAGGCUGGAUCUUAUGUAAAAAAGCUAGUAGCCUACAACCUUAUGAUUAAAUUAAUCAGUUAUCCUAUUGAGAAAGUGGAAAGGUUUGCUUUCUAUGAACGAGCCAAGGAAGCGUGUAUUUUUUCUGUGGAAACGGCUCUGUACGGCAACCUAAUACAGAAGAAGGGGGUCAUUUCUCCUGACCUUUUAGAGUGACACACACACACGUUAAGUAAUGAUGAUCUAAUCAGGAAUAAUUUAUUACAUUAGAUUACAUGUCACUUGUUAGACACUUUUAUCCAA